CGUGUGUGUAGUGGACUUUGCAUAGUACCCCGUCUCAUAAGCAAGCGCUUUAACAGUACGUAAACUUUUAUAAUUAACAAUAAUAUCGCCUGUUUCGUGCAUAUAGAAUGAUCGUCAGGUUGUGCAAAGUCAGUUAAUUCCCUCUUGAGGAACUCUUUGUAACUUUCGUGUAGUACUGAAGAUCACACAGUAAUGAAUAUGGCAUGUGCCGAUGUGCUUGUCGAUCUGGGCGUAUACACACCGUUUGGACGGCAGUACAUAAAAUGGCAUCCUAGCUGCGGUGAUGUGGAACGGAAAGAGCGGUACCAACUAACACACAUGCCAGCAAGUGGCAGAGACGAUGAGUGUAGUGAUCAGGAACUGUACGUCAAUGACUGCACAGUCAUAUGGAGCGCUGGCGGCUCUGUGAAGCAGUGUUACACAGGCGAAUGUCGCGUACGAGAGGCGGUGUGGACGUUGAUGAAGUACGAGACCGCGCAAAUACCAGAGACCACGUUGGCAGUUCUGCGGACGGAGUCAGUAGACUUCACAGCACUCUCCGGUAGGACAUACACAAUGCCCCUGACUCGUUCGGUUGCCCAUCUACAUCCCACACACCCGGAUGGCUUUCUGCUCGAGUUGGAUGCGAGGGAGCGUCUAGACACACUGAACGAUUGUGGCUUGAGAUAUGGGACUCACCCCUGGGCACCGGCGCAACCGGUAGUCCUGCGCACUCCCAAAGGUGGGUAUCUCAAGCGUGCUGCGUGCACAAACAGGGUCGAGUACAUCCAUACCUCAUGCGUAUCUGAUGACUGCGACAUGGCAAUAAAUGCGUUAACUUAUGGUUAUACCUUGCCUUGUGUGCAUCACUGUGAUAAAUCGACUCAAUACCGUGGUUUGUGCUUUGCUACAGGCACACCGUACCAGGUAUCGCGGCUGUCGUGUCUAUAUUCCGAGGUUUCCAACGAUUUAGUCGUGUGCUACGAGACCUCGAAGUGCACUCUGACACUCUGGAAAGCUCAAGUGAGUGGCGACCCGAUUCCGAAGAAGACAGAGGAGGCGACUGAUUUCUCCAAGGCCAGCAGCAGAGAAUUGGAUAGUUCCCGGUCAUAUACGGGAGCCUUUGCGGAUGAUGUCAUGAAUAUGGCCAGAGUAGAGCAAGCGGAUACGCUAGUGAAUGAUCGUGGUGGUUUGCUAGUCAUGACCCUACAGCAUAGUAUCAGCAUGGGAACUGCGAGCAGUGCAGCCUAUGCCAACAUGAAGAACUGGACUAUAUUCGCAUGCCACGACUGUGUAGGGCAGCCCGUGAGUCUAUGGAUGAUUCAUCGGCCUUCGUCCAGCGGCUGUGUUCUUGAUCUCAAGGGGGGGUCGACGCCUGCGCGAACGAUUGUCGCCAUCGACGAUGCAACAAGAAUAAGUUUCAAAAGUACAGAGAAUUGCUUAGAUGACGAAGUUCUCGGCCUACAAGAUGGCAAAUUGCAACUUCACGCAUCGAAUGGAGAAAGGAUCCUACAAUGUCGGACAGAACAUAUCCUACCAACCAGUCUGCCGUCACAAGUUGCGCGCCCUGCCAUCGUUGGCCUACGUGAUGGGGUUGGGAAUCGUGUGACUCUUUGUUUGUCAAACAACUCGAUGCUAAGAGUGGCGGUGAGCGAGUGUGCCAAAUCGCCCAUAGUGCGGUGUUUGAUGAGGCUGCUGCAGGUAAACUUGCCAACGAGGCAACAACCUCUGCAGGUUCAACACGACACCUUGAACAACCCACCCAUACCGCAAACCUUCCUGCGCCUGCGUCGAUGCUACCUACUUAGCUACACACCAGCGCGGGAAUGGGACGCCCUGGUGCGUGCGGUGUACUGUCUGAUAAACAACGGCGAUGAGAGCGAAUGUACCUGCGGUCCAAAUCAGCUCGGAGGCGCCGAUGCUAAUGAGAAAGGUUUACAAAACCCAGUGGUAAAGCCGUCAGAGCCUGUGUCCGCUUGGGAGUAUCUGUGCAAGACCCACAAGCCAGCGAACACUGGAUUAGGCAUACCGACAGUCCAAGAUGGUCUAGUGAAAUCCUCUCGUAGGCCUGCACACGAAGUAACACAUCGAUCGUCCAGUCACCAGCACUGGCAAGUGGUCGAGCGCGUGUUCAAGCUACUGGAUGUGUGCGCUGCGUGCAUGUCUAUUGACGUGAGAUUUGUAACUUGUGUGCACCGUUUAAACGGGUUGGUAGACGACAUGUUGGCGCAACUGAUCAAUGUGCAAUCGCAGAGCUACACGCGCGUACCGACACACACGGAUACAGAUCCAGAGAGGCAAGUGCACGCGUUGAAGCAGGCCAAGAUAGAGGUCCAGACAAGAUUGCGGAGGAUUGAUAUGCUUGGAUGGCUGGAAAGUAAGGUCACGCGAAUGCGUAGCACUGCACACGCGCGUACAGCCGACUACGCGUCCGCAGAAAACACUCUGCUCUUUCCGGAUGGUUUGCUAGAUAUCGAGUCACAAAAACUGCCAUCGGUGAUACAGACUGCCCUAGCGGUAGCAGAGUUGUAUGAGUUUAUUGGACAAAACCCCAACAGCAGCACCACUCGAGUGAUCAGCGGUGUGAGUCCUCAACAGUCCACAGACACAGAUGUGAGUUUGCGUGUAGGUGCCUAUGCACCGGAUCACAGUCAAGUACACUCUGCAAAAGGUACGCAGAACAGGUCCUCAAGCAGGGCUUUCUCGGAUAUGGGGGUGGACCCUACUGGCGAUGGUACUUUUGCAGGACCUAGCAGCGAUACCGUGUCCCCCACUGUAGGGCUCUCAAUACGUGAUCAACGCCAGUUGGUGCAAUUACUAACCCGCAGGUCAUCACGGCUAUGUCUUGACAACCUCAGCUUUGGCGUUGCGCUGCCGCUGAGAGAGUGUCUGGCGGCUGUUCGCGAGCACUCGGAUCCGGACUUAGACCCACACGCAUGCCGGUUGGUGGGGAGGGGAGAUUUGAUACAGAAUAAAGCACCCAUACAACACCCGUUGAGUGGCUUGGCAUGUCUACCUGAUGAAGAGAGCAACGGAAGUAGUCCAAAUGGGGUUUGGCGAUACUGCUUUACCGAAGAUCGACGCUUCCUGGACGCAUUGGCUAUGUUACAGAGUUCGGGAACCAUCUAUGUCAUGGUACCUGCUGACCGGUCAACGGCCGAGUACGAUGCCAAUUUAGAGAAGCAAACGGUUCUGUUGGCUAAACUAGAGCAGUCGUUGUCUCGCUCAGUUGGGCGUGGCAUGGCAUUAUAUGGGUCGUCUCGCCCGCUGUUGACCGAACCACUGCGCGUACCGCCUAUAACCACCAAAGGCCAAGACUACCAAACCAGAGCAACGUUGACUCUGGAUCCAUCGGUGUUUCCCUUCGUGGCACCUCCUGAUGCGCUGCCCACAACCACUGGCACCACUACUGAUAUCUCGGGCUUCACUGCAUGGCCCGAGUUCCAUAAUGGCGCUGCGGCGGGUUUGGAAAUCGCUGUUAAAGAUGGGAUAAGCAAUAUCAAUUCGGCGUGGAUAGCAUACAACAAACCACUCACAUCCAAAAAAUCCUUGCCGAAUCAGAAUGGAGAGUCUGACGAAAAAUCUGUGACCGAAAAUACUUAUGCUGGUUUCCUAUUAGCCCUUGGAUUGCAGGGACAUUUGUCGCAUCUCUCUCCUGCAGCCCUGUAUGGUUUUUUGCGUGGUCGGAAUACUACUACUAGUGUUGCCAUAGUGCUGGGCAUGGCCGCCACUUGCAGAGGCACACAAGACGCCACUGUCACCGGUCUUCUUGCUAUGUUUGUGCCGGCGCUUUUACCUGCGCGGAGUGCUGAAUUAGAAGCCCCAGAAGCCGUUCGCACCUCGGCGGUGCUGGGGUUGGGUUUGCUAUACCAAGGCACAGCCCAAAGACAGAUGUGCAAGACCCUACUGCGUGAGAUUGGCAAAGGCCCCGGCAGCACAAGCAACGGUGCCAGCAGUGGGUACGACACUCGUAGUGUGAGUAAUGAUGAGAUCAAGAACGCUCCCUCGUACUCGCUGGCAUGUGGGUUGGCUCUGGGGAUGUGUGCGCUGGGAAUGGGUGAUUCCUACCAGAGCGUCCAUGCACUGGGAGAUUUGAAUUUGCCGGACGAGUUGAGAAGGUAA